AUGUUUUGUAAAUAUGCCUUGUACACCGAAUAACAAACGUCGUUCUGUUAUUUACAAGUUGCAGAGAAAGUGUUUAUCUUGUCCCUAUCCAAAAGUAUCCAAACCUCGUUGGUGUUGCUUUCAUAAAAAGGGUAGCCAAGACCACGCAAAGAAAGAUAACGAUACAGGACUUUUUGCCUUUUGGAAACAAGCCUGGAAAUCUCCUUUUUAUGUAAAAGCAGAAAAUGUAACGGCACCUCAAGUCGUGCGUAGAAGUAAGGUCAAUCGACUGUUGACGCUAUUUUGGCAAGUAGCAAAGCCUUAUUGGUUGGAAGAAACAAAGGCAAGAUGGGAAUUGGGAUCAGUUGUUGCUCUCACUUUGUUACAAAGUGGCGUAUCGGUUGCCUUCUCUUACAUUGGAAGAGACUUUUGGAAUGCCCUAUCCGAAAAGAACCUAGAGAAUUUUCAGCAUGAAAUUAUUUUGUUUUUUACUGCGAUGGUUGUAGGGGUUCCCAUAUUUGUCUUGUACAGUUAUUUUCGUGAGAUAUUGAGUAUUCACUGGAGAGAAUGGCUAUCUGAUAGGAUUCUCAACAAAUAUUUUGAAAAGCGUGGAUUUUAUUACUUGGAAUCCAAUAGUCAAGUGGAUAAUCCUGAUCAACGAAUAGCCGAUGAUAUUCGCGCAUUCACGAAUACUUCAUUGCAAUUUAUUUUAACGUUUAUUAUCUCAGCUGUUGAUUUGAUCUCCUUUUCGGUUAUUCUGUUUUCUAUCUAUCCAGAAUUAUUUCUGGUGCUGAUCGGUUAUGCAAGUGUGGGCACCUAUUUGACAUACUAUAUCGGUAACCGUUUGAUUUUAUUGCACUUUGAUAGAUUGCAAAAGGAAGCAGACUUUCGUUAUGUUUUGGUGAGAAUUCGUGAAAAUGCAGAAAGCAUUGCGUUUUAUGGAGGUGAAAAUAGGGAACAAGAAUUGGCCAAAAGCAGAUUGAAUAAAGCACUAUCGAGAACUAUUGAUAUUGCUAAGUUGCAAAGGAACUUGGAAUUCUUUACCAAUAGUUAUCGGUACUUGAUUCAAGUAUUGCCUGCUUGGGUGGUUUCUCCUCUCUAUUUUCAAGGUGCGAUAGGUUUGGGAGUGAUAUCACAAAGUAUUUCAGCAUUCAACCAUAUUUUGAGCGACCUCAGUAUUAUUGUGAAUCGUUUUGAACAACUAAGCCAAUUUUCUGCUGGAAUUGACCGUCUUGGGGAGUUUUUAGAAGUACUUGAAGCAAAUGAAAGCAUAGGAAUUGAAAAAGAUGCGCUCAUCCAACGUCGGGAGACAGAAGAUAUCGUUCUUCAAUUGUGCAAUAUAUCGAUCAUGAUUCCAAGUGAAGAACCUCGAUACCUCAUUCGAGAUGUCAAUCUGAAGGUGGAACGUGGACAAAGACUAUUGAUCGUUGGAGCAUCAGGCAAAGGGAAGUCGUCUUUGUUGCGUGUAAUUGCUGGACUCUGGAAAUGUGGUAGUGGCACUGUUCGUUGUCCUUCUUUAAAGGAUACUUGUUUCCUACCCCAACGUCCGUAUUGUACACUUGGAAGUCUGAGAGAACAACUGAUAUACCCCAAGACGAGACAACAAGUGAACUACACGGACCAAGAAUUGAUACAAGUUUUAGAAAAAGUAGACUUGUUGGACUUGUUUGAACGUUACAAUGACUUGGAUGUGGUGAGAGAUUGGUCGGAUACAUUGUCUUUGGGUGAACAACAAAGGUUAGCUUUUGGUCGUUUGUUAUUGAGUCGACCGAAAUUUGUAUUGAUGGAUGAAGCUUCUUCCGCUUUGGACCUCAAAAGUGAGAAAAAACUUUAUUCUUUUUUACAAGAAAGCGAUACUAUUUAUGUCAGUGUUGGACACCGGCCUAGCUUGUUACAGUAAGUAUUUUGAAUAGUUUGCUUUAAGUUGAUGUGGAAUUCGUUACAAAGGUAUCAUAACCUGUUGUUGAGGUUGACGGGUAGGGCGGAAUGGGAAAUGGAAGAAAUUAGGGAUUCCAUUCGAGAAACAAGUUAUAUAUAAAUUUCAUCUUUGGGAGGUUUGUUGCUGCAAAAAGUUGUAUUGUUUGUCACAAAGUCUGAAAACUUGUUCCCAACUUUUCCCGGAAUCCAUAUGAAAUUUCCAAUAUUCAUAAGCAAGUCGAUAGAGUGCUCUAUUCAUUUCUAAGUGAUAUUCCAAUCGAAACCUUCGCAGUUCAGAAUCCUAAAU